AUGGACGUGGGCUCACGUCCCAGUGCGGGUGGUCAGCGGCUGUCAGUGGAAGGUUCCCUGAUUGCCCCUGUUCAGCGCGCCUACGCGCGCCGCUGGGUCUUCCUGCUGGUGCUGAGCCUGCUCAGCUGCUCCAACGCCACGCUGUGGCUCAGCUUCGCGCCCGUGGCCGACACGAUCGCCCAGCACUUCCUCCUCUCCACGGAGCAGAUCAACUGGCUCUCGCUGGUCUACUUCGUGGUGUCCAUCCCGUCCGGCGUGGUGGCCAUCUGGGUUCUGGACUCCGUCGGGCUCCGCUGGGCGACCGUCCUGGGUGCAUGGCUGAACUUUGCCGGGAGCAUGCUCCGUGCCCUGCCUUGCAUGGUCGUCGGCAUCCAGGACCCAUUUGCCUUCCUCAUGGGUGGGCAGAGCCUCUGUGCCCUGGCCCAGCCCCUGAUCAUCUUCUCUCCAGCCAAGCUGGCUGCCCUGUGGUUUCCUGAGCACCAGCGAGCCACGGCCAACAUGAUUGGCACCAUGUCAAACCCCCUGGGCGUCCUGGCGGCCAACGUGCUGUCGCCUGCCCUGGUGAAGAAGGAGGACGACAUCGCCUUGAUGAUGGGCAUCUACAUCAUCCCUGCCGGCCUUGCCUGCCUGCUGGCCAGCAUGUGCCUCUGGGAGAGCGUGCCCCCCACCCCGCCCUCGGCUGGGGCCGCCUGCUCCACCUCGGAGACGUUCCUGGACGGGCUGAAGCUGCUCGCCAGGAACAAGGCCUACGUCAUCCUGGCCGUGUGCUUCGGGGGUGGUGUCGGCAUCUUUUCCAGUUUCUCUGCGCUCCUGGAGCAGGUCCUCUGUGUGAACGGCUACUCCGACGAAUUUGCGGGCCUCUGUGGGGCUCUGUUCAUCGUGUUUGGGAUCCUGGGGGCGCUGGUGCUUGGCCUGUAUGUGGACCGGACAAAGCGUUUCACGGAAGCCGUCAAGGUCGGCUUCUGUCUGGCCUCUGUGGUCUGUGUGGCCUUCGCUCUGGUGUCCCAGCUGCGGGGACAGACCGUUGCACUGGCUGCCAUCUGCUCGCUGCUCGGGUUCUUCGGCUUCUCGGUGGCGCCCAUUGCCACGGAGCUGGUAGUCGAGUGCACCUUCCCGGUGGGCGAGGCCGCGGCCGCGGGCCUGGUCUUCGUGAUGGGGCAGGCCCAGGGCGCGCUCAUCAUGGUGCUGCUGACCGCCCUGGCUGUGCGUCGUGCGGAGCCGUCCUUCUCCACUUGUCGGGAAGGCCAAGACCCGCUGGACUGGAAGGUGCCCAUGCUGCUGAUGGCUGGCCUGAGCACCGUCUUCAGCUGCUGCCUGGUGCUGUCCUUCCACACCCCCUACCGGCGCCUGCAGGCCGAGGCCCGCGCCGGCCGCUCCAUCCAGGACCGGUGCCCAGAGGCAGACCGUGCGCCUCUCCUGGCAGAUCGUCCCUGAGGCCCGCGGGCCCCCAUAGCCUCAGCCAUGCUGCAGGAAGCUCAGGGGCAGCCACCUCCUCGAGCCACUCCUGUGGGGGCGGCACAGGGGCCCUGCCGAUGGCCGGAGGCUGAGGGAGCGGGGAUGUGAGGAGGGGCAGGCUCUGGCCACCUUGCUGUGCCCGCGGUUGUUGUCCCACAGAUGCCACAGGGCCUCAGGGGGCCCGGCACACCCAAUAGGAUGGCCCAGGGCACUCCCGGUGGCCGUGGCUGCUGUGUGGAUAAGCUGCCACUGACCAGGCAGGGUGGUCCGGUGUCCAGGCCAGACCACGAGUGGCUGGUGCAGGGGCAGUAUAUGGGGGUGGGGCUGGCCAGGCGUGAGGGGCAGGGGCUGAUGGGGAGCUGGAUGGGCAGGGAGUCCUGAGGGCCUCAGCAUGUCUGGGUCGGGAGUGGACAGAUGUGUGCAGGGCCUUCCUUGGGGGUUCCACCCCAGAGCCUCUCCCAGCCAUGGUCACUGGGCAAGCUCACCCCCCGCCUGGGUGCUAGGACCGUGUGGGGAGCCCCUUCCCCUCCCCCGCAGACACUCGCAGGCAGGUUGCGGGUUCAAGUUUAUUGAUGUGGCCACGGCCCAGGUGGGCGUGGGAGGCAGCCCUCAGUCCUUCUCCUCCCCGUGGGUGAGCACAUAGCUCAGCGCCUUGUAGUCCAGGUUGCCUGCAGCAUCGAUGGUGGCAAACUGGAGCAUCUGGUCGACCUGCGAGCACGGUUUGCUGGGGGUCAGGCCCAGGCACCACAGGAAGAGCAAAAGCAGCCCCAAGGGCUGUAGCCCGAGGGCAAAUUACAGGCACUGAACUCCAA